CGCAUUUUGGCAAAAGUGAGACCAGAUUUGGUGGUCAUCGACGCCUAUAUCGGGUCGCCCGCACUCAUCAAGUCUGACCUUCCCUUUAUUGUCAUCUACUCGGCCGCACCCCUUAUGCUCUUUAAUUGCGAUAAUUUACCACCACCCUGGUCAGGGCUACCAUCCCUGUCCACCAAAUCCAAUACUAUACUACAACCCGAGUCCAAAUACCUCAACAUCUAUAUGUAUCCCAAGGAACUGGAUUACAAUGAAUGGCAACCACUGCCGCAUAACUGGAAACGAGUGGAUGGGUUCGUGAGGACCACGGGUCACACUUUUGCAGUGCCCGACCGUCUGACCCAACGUCCGGGUAAACUAAUCCUACUGUCGAUGGGCUCUAUUGGUUGCGCUCUAUUGGAGCUAAUGAUACGAUUGACGUCAAUAUUAGCUAAAUCUGAGCACAAAUUCAUUGUAACCAAAGGCCCACUCCAUGACGAGUACGAACUGCCGGACAACAUGUAUGGACAGCCGUUUUUACCACAGACAGCUGUGUUGCCAUUAGUGGAUCUGGUGAUCACCCACGGGGGCAAUAAUACAGUUACUGAAGCCUUUUAUUAUGGGAAACCGCUGCUUGCUAUUGCACAUAUGUUUGAACAGACGGGGAUGACUAUGGAGACCAUGGAUCGGGUGAAAGUGGAGGUUUGCAAGCGAUGCGACUCAUGCUGUCGGGCCAUCGAUCUCAUCGAGAAGACUGUCGACGACGACAAGGAGACCACCAAUUGA